AUGACGCCUGCUACUCAGAGGAAUGACUGUUAUAACAAUUCAAAUGAAAUUAUAACACAAAAUGAUAAAAUAAUUUCCCGAAAUUUAGUAGUAGGAAUAAUUUUCUUAUGUCAGACUAUCAUUGGUGUUGCUGGAAAUUUCUUUCUACUUUAUCAUUAUAUUUUUGUUUUCCAUGCUGGAAGAAGGUUAAGGCCUACAGAUGUGAUUCUGAAGCACCUGUUUAUAGCCAAUUCAUUUGUUCUUCUUUCUAGAGGAGUCCCUGAAAUAAUGGGAGCCUUUGGACUGAAACAGUUUCUCAAUGAUAUUGUAUGCAAAUCUCUCUCUUAUUUUGAGAGAGUGGGCAGGGGUGUAUCCAUUUGUACCAUCUGCCUCUUAAGUGUCUUCCAAAACAUCAUCAUCAGCCCCAUGAACUCCUGUUGGAAAGAUAUUAAAGGUAAAACUCAAGGAUAUAUUGGCUUGUCCACUCGCCUCUGCUGGAUCCUAAACAUGAUCGCCAUUUUAAGUAUUCCUCUGUAUGCAUUGCAUUUGGAUGCAAAAGGUUAUGGCAGAAUCAUCACAAGGAAAAUAAAUGUAGGACACUGUUGUAUUGUUGACUAUAGGGCACUCAUGGGCAAACUUUAUAUAGCGUUAGUAGUUUUGCCUGAAAUUUGUAUUUCUCUGCUUAUAGUCUGGGCCAGUAGCUCUAUGAUUUGCAUCCUGUACAGACACAAGCAAAGAGUCCAACACAUUCAUGUCACUAAUGCUUCCUCAAGAUCCCCUGAGUCUAGAGCCACACAAAACAUCCUUGUUCUAGCGAACACCUUCGUCUCUUUUUACACUGUGUCUUCCAUCGCUCGAAUUUGCACUACUUCAGUUCAUGAUCGCAACUCAUUGCUUGUGAGCACUUCUGAAGUAAUUUCUUUGUGUUUUCCAACAACCAGCCCCUUUCUGGUCGUGGGCCAGCGUUUGUCAAUAUUUAUAAACUCUCUUUCCUGCAUAAGAAAUACUAAAUCUCUCUAA